AUGAACGGGGCCAUGAACGGGAUGCGGGGCUGGUGCGCAGUGCUGGACGUGCGGCCCCACGGAGAGAGCCCGGAGAGUGUGAAGGUGCUGAGGCUGACGCUGCCGAAUGAGCUCCCGGGCGAGCGGCGCGAGCAGGCGAAGCAAAAGCCGGUGGGAAAAGCCUUCGCCAUGGUGGCCAACAGAUCGAGCAAUGGCCACGCGCUGGCAUCCGAGCGCAUCAAGUCCAACGACGGCGAUGAGGAGAUCAUCAAGGUCUAUCUGAAGGCGAGGGCCGAGGGCAGUGCAAACCAUGAGGAGCACGUCAGCCAGCUGAAGAGCGAAGUUCGGCACAUCCAGGAGGCUAGAAGUUUUUUGAAGAAGCUGCGGGAAGACUUAAGUAGUAAACUUGAGAGCAGACAAGGAGAUAAAGAGCACGCACAGGUGGUGCUGGAGGAGCAGAACGGGAGCUGGCUGCAUCCCGAGAGGCUCUGCGCUGAGCCCUGGGAGGAGCAGGAUGAGGAUUGUUCAGGAGAUGACGUAGAGAAGAUGCGGCAGACAGCGAGGAGGCUGUUCACGAGGCUGCAGGAGGCUGAGAAGUGCCAUCAGUUGGAGAAGAAGGACCUCGAGAGGACGGUGUCACGGUACCGGGAGGAGGCAGAGCAGACGAGCUGUGCUCUGCGGAGAGCAGAGAGGAGCGUGGUGGAGAAGGAGCUGCAGGUGGACGAACUGCAGAGGCUGCUGGCAGGGAUGGAGAAGGAGCACAGGACUUUGCUGCUGAAGAUGAAAGACAGCGAAGCAGAGCUGGCACGGCUGAGAAGCGUGGAAGGUGACAAGCUCGCCGAACAGGACCGGUCGGCCAAGCUGGAGAAGGAGGUGGCGAUGCUGCGGGAGAAGAUCCAUCACCUGGACGACAUGCUGAAGAGCCAGCAGCGCAAGGUCCGCCAAAUGAUCGAGCAGCUCCAGAACUCCAAAACGGUGAUUCAGGCCAAAGACGCUGUGAUCCAGGAGCUGAAGGAGAAAGUUGCCUACCUGGAGGCUGAGAACCUGGAGAUGCACGACCGCAUUGAGCACCUGAUUGAGAAGCAGGUCAGCCGGGGCGGCCACAGCUCCAGAGCACGUUCCAAGUCAGAGUACGUCAGCAGCAAAAGACUGAUGGGCCCCAAACCGCUGCCUCUCAUCCGAGUGGUGGAAACAUGAGUUUCGAGGGUUGGAGCGAGAUGAAGACUCUCCCCUUGUUCUCCUUGACCAGACUUCCCUGCUUGACUGUUCUCUGGCCUCUGUGCUCCGUCUGCCCUGGAGCUGCUGGCGGAGGGCUGCGUUCCGGAGGACAGACGCAGCCAGGGCGGUGCUGGCAGAGGAAGGAGGGCUGCGAGGUGCCCACGCUGCUGUCCCUUGGGGUCCCACGGAUGCCAGCCUGGAGCUGGUGGGGACAUUGAGGACGAGGUGCUCCCGGGUUGCAGGGCUGGGCUCGCUUCCCUGCUCGGCCUUGGGUCCACCGAGGCUGCUAUGUGAGCAGCUUCUGAAGGGUCUCAUCAAAGCGAAGCCGCCUCUUCAGACUGUAGCUUGCCAACAUGGACUCGGGGUUUAAAUUAUUAAAAAAUAAUAAAAAUUCACUUACAAACCAGGAAAUCCUCUUGAAACUGGACUCCUUCCUACAAUGAAGCCCAAUGAGUUGGGAGCCUCCAUCUCUGAUCUCCAGCACAUCUGCUGCUCCGAACCUGGCGAGGCUCCUGCGGCCAGAAUCGGUGGAUCGACAGAAUCGACGCAGGCGGUAGAUCAGCACAGUCAGCACAGUCUAGAGACUCGAUGCCGGAUCAACGCAGCCGAUGCGGUGGGCGGAUCGACGCAGUCGGCGGAGACUCAAUCAACACAACUGGCGCAAUUGGCACAGCAACACAACCAGUGGAUCGGCACAGACCUCCUCCCAGUCCCUCUCUCGAGCAUACAGAAAUCGUGCCCGGUGUUCCUCUCGUGUUUAAACCCAGAGGCGGUUUGGUUUGUACCUAUAUUUAUUUCAAUAAAUUAUUGGUGUCUUCCAAGGAUGUGGCGACAGGCAUGAUUGCUGCUGUCCAGCUCCAGGGGAGCGUUUGAGGACUGCCUGUCCCACGUUUGAACUGGAAAAUACCAACCUGCUUCCUCCGGCCGCUCCAUCGGUGCGUCGUGACGCAGUGCCCGCAUUUUGGGUCAGCCCGGAGGAGCUGCUGUGCUGAGCGGGGCGGUGAGGCAGAGUGCUGUAUGUACACCUCGCAUCUGUCAAUACAGAAAUUCUCCUGUG